AUGGAAACCAUCAACAAUCAGGAAGUCCCACUGGCACAGCUGAUCUACACAGGACUUCAGGUAUCAGCCAGUCAGAAAUACAUUGAGAACUGGACUGGUCUGCAGACUCUGACUGAGGUGGACAUGGAGCUGUACACUGGAAUACAGAGGCUAACCAUCAUCAGGAGUAACCUGCACAACAUCCAGAAGAGAGUGUUCAACAAGAACCCACAACUGCACUAUAUAAACCUGUCCAAGAACCCCAUGUUGACCACCCUGUCCUGGCAGGUCUUUGAACAUCUGCAGCUCUAUGAACUUCGUCUGGAGGACGUCCCCUUUGACUGUGGCUGUGGAAUCCGUUGGCUGCAGCUAUGGCAACAGCGAGGAGAGGCGGGGCUAAGCAGCCAACAGCUGUACUGUACAGAGGAGUCCAAGAUGGUGGACCUGAGGGACAUGAAGACCAGCAACUGUGAUCUUCCAGGCAUUAGUGUCAGUCACAGUAACCUGACAGUGACUGAAGGAGACAGAGUCACAGCCACAUGUAACGGAUCUGGAGCCCCUUUACCUGAAGUGGACUGGCCUGUGGAAGGACUACAGUCUGCUCAAACACAAGAGGCCGUCGUUUAUGAAAACUCUGUCCAUUCCAUCAGUAUAACUUUGGCCAAUGUCAGCAGAGACGACAACAACUUCCUCCUCAGCUGCAUCGCCACUAACAUCGUAGGCAUGACCAACGCCUCCAUCCAGCUGACCGUCCACUUCCCUCCCACCAUUGUGAAGUUAAAGGAGCCUGAACGCCGCCAUGACACGUGCAUCGAGUUUACAGUUCGAGGGUCUCCACACCCAACCCUGCGCUGGUUCCACAAUGAACAGGAGAUCUUGCACACAGAGUACAUCCGUCCAGAUGUGGCCUAUUACCAGGACUACAUCGAAGGCUGCCUCACACUCAAAGACCCAACGCACCACAACAACGGCAACUACACCCUGGAGGCAACCAACCAGCUGGGGGUGGCCACAAGCACCGUAUACGGACACUUCCUCAACAAGCCCUUUGUUGAGGACAUGGAAUAUUAUUAUGUUACUCCGACUGCAGACACUCAUCCACCAGAGGAGGAAACCCUGGGGGUGUCCAUCGCCGUCUCCUUGGCAUCCUUUGCUCUUGUGCUCCUGGUGAUUCUCUUCCUGUUAAUCAACAAAUAUGGACGACGCUCCAAGUUCAUGAAAGGUCCAGUGGCGGUCAUCGGGGGGGAGGAGGACUCGUCCAGUCCUCUUCAUCAUGUCAACCAUGCGGUCCUCAGUCCUUGUGGUCUGGACUCCGGUCCUGACGCCGUGGUGAUCGGAAUGAGCCGGAUCCCCGUCAUUGAAAACCCGCAGUACUUCAGACAUGGACACAACUGUUCCAAAGCCGGCACAUAUGUCCACCACAUUAAAAGACGGGACAUUUUUUUGAAGCGUGAACUUGGUGAAGGCGCCUUUGGAAAAGUCUUCCUGGCUGAGUGUUACAACCUGAGUCCAACCAAAGACAAGAUGCUGGUGGCUGUAAAGACUUUAAAGGACCCCACCCUUUCUGCCAGGAAGGACUUCCAGCGGGAGGCGGAGCUUCUGACCAACCUUCAGCACGAACACAUCGUUAAGUUUUACGGCGUUUGUGUGGACGGAGACCCUCUGAUCAUGGUGUUCGAGUACAUGAAGCACGGAGACCUGAACAAGUUCCUCAGAGCCCACGGUCCAGAUGCCAUGAUCCUGGUUGAUGGACAGCCUCUCCAGACCAAUGGGACGGAGCUGGGCGUGUCCCAGAUGCUGCACAUAGCCAGUCAGAUCGCAGCGGGGAUGAUCUACCUGGCAUCGCAGCAUUUUGUCCACAGAGACCUGGCAACCCGCAACUGCCUGGUGGGAAGCGGACUGCUGGUGAAGAUAGGAGACUUCGGCAUGUCCAGGGAUAUUUACAGCACUGACUACUAUAGGGUGGGGGGUCACACCAUGCUGCCCAUCCGAUGGAUGCCCCCAGAGAGCAUCAUGUACCGCAAGUUCACCACCGAGAGCGACGUGUGGAGCUUCGGAGUCAUCCUGUGGGAGAUCUGCACCUACGGAAAACAGCCCUGGUUCCAACUGGCAAACAAUGAGGUCAUCGAGUGCAUAACCCAGGGCCGGGUCCUGGAGCGACCCCGGGUCUGUCCUCAGGAGGUCUAUGAGCUGAUGCUGGGCUGUUGGCAGAGGGAACCGCAGCAGCGCCUCAACAUUAAAGACAUCCAGAAGAAGCUGUUCACACUGAUGAAAGCCACCCCGGUCUACCUGGACAUACUGGGAUAGACCUGGACCCA